GGGACAGUGAGUGAGAAUGAAGAGGGGGAUUUCCAGCUCUCCUGUCCUGAGCGAGCAGCAGCAGCACAGGAGCAAUAGUAACUUCAGGAGAGGCACCAGGGCCCUGAGAAACAUCCACCCUCUUGCACACUCCCUGCCAAAGGAGGAAGACUGGGGUCAAAGAGCAUCUCACCAACCAUGAAUUUGCCACUCAAGAGGCUGGGGACUUGGAAGGAAGCGGCUGCGUGUUUCCGCGAGGACGUUGCCAAGAUCCCCUGGACUCCAGUCCGAGCCCUCGGCAGGGACGUCAUGCUGCAGAACGAGGAGACUUUGCUCUCCCUAGCAGGUGAUGGCACCAUGAGGGCAAAUAAGGUGGAGAAUCCCCAGCAUCCUGGACUGGAGCAGGGGAAACUCCAUGAGAUAGUCAUGGGAGGAGCUGAAGGCGAUGUUCCCCAGGGUCCUAAGCAGGAAGAAGCUCUUGAGAGUCAGUGCAGGCCAAGGGAGUGGCAGGGAAAGCUCCUGAAUGGGACAGAGGUUGACUCGAGUACAAGAGGGCAAGACUUCAGGCAUGGGAACAGAGUCACAGUCCACUCCAGAAUCUGCAGUAAAGAGAAACCCUGGGAAUGUGUUGAAUGUGCCAGGCUAUUCCAAGGCAGCUCCAAGCCUUCUGCGCAUCAGAAUGAUGUCAGCUCUAGCUUGACUCUUUUGACCCCUCAGAGCAUCCACGCAAAAGAAAAAGGCCACAUGUGCCCUGACUGUGGGAAAAGUUUCCAACGGAGGAGUAGCCUUUUUCAACACCACACCAUUCACACAGGGGAGAAACCCUACGUGUGCCCUGACUGUGGGAAGAGUUUCCGCCUGAAAUGUUCCCUUAUUCAUCAUCAAAGGCUUCGUCCAGGAGAAAGUCCUUAUGCCUGCCCUGUGUCUGAGAAAGCCAACAAGUCGCAGCCCAGUCUUACUCUGCAUCAGAGCAUCAGCACAGAGGAGAAACCCCAUGUGUGCCCCGACUGCGGGAGGCGGUUCAGACGGAGGGGUAACCUUAUUGAACAUCAGAGUAUCCACACAGGAGAGAAACCCUAUGCCUGCCCUGAUUGCAGCAAAAGUUUCAGACGGAAGAGAAACCUUAUUCAGCAUCACAGCAUCCACACAGGAGAGAAACCCUUUGCGUGCCCUGACUGUGGGAGGAGUUUCCGUCUGCGGUGUUCUCUUAUUCAUCAUCAAAGGCUCCGCCCAGGAGAGAGUCCCUCUGCGUGCCCUGGCUCUGAGAAGACUGACCCACAGCAGCCCAGUCCUGCUCCACAGAGCAUUGACACAAGAGAGAAACCCUAUGUGUGCCCCGACUGUGGGAGGAGCUUCAUUCACAAGAAGAGACUUACUCAACAUCAGAGCAUCCACGCAGGCUCCAGAACAAUCUCCACGCUAUGCUCCAGAUCACCACAUAGUCCCAAGGAACAGGGAAGCAAACUGGCUGCAGUGGCACCAGAGCAGGGGCCGGUGACCUUGGAAGAAGUGGCUGUGUGUCUCCCUGAGGGGAAACAAGCUCUGUUGGACUCCAGUCAGAGAGUCUUGUGCAGGGAUGUUAUGCUGGAAAAUAAUGAGACUCUGGUGUCUCUAGGCAAUGAGACUGUGAAGGAAAACAAGGCUGAGAAUCCCCAGCUGUGCUGUUGGGGGCAUGCAGAACUCCCUGGGACAGCCCUAGGAAGAGCAGAAGGCAAUGUUCACCAGUGUCCCAAGCAGAGAAAAGCCCAUAAGAGUCCAUGCAGACUAGGUGGGCAGCAGGGAAAGCUCCCCCAGGGAAGACCAAUUGAAUCCGGUCCUGGAGAACAAGGGUUUGGGCACGGGAAUGGAGCCACAAUCCACUCCAGAAUCUGCAGUGAAGAGAAACCCUGGGAAUGUGUUGAAUGUGCCAGAAUAUUCCAAGGCAGCUCAAAGCCUUCUGCACAUCCAAAUAGCACUGAUGCUAGCUCAAUCCACUUGACCCCUCAGGGCAUCCCCUCGGGACAGAAAUUCUACAUGUGCCCUGACUGUGAGAAAAGUUUCAGGCGGAGGAGUAACCUUAUUGAACAUCAGAGCAUCCAUACAGGAGAGAAACCCUAUGCCUGCCCUGACUGUGGCAAAAGCUUUAGACGGAAGAGAAACCUUUUUGAACACCACAGCAUCCACACGGGAGAGAAACCCUUCGUGUGCGCUGACUGUGGGAAGAGUUUCCGUCUGAGAUGUUCUCUUAUUCAUCAUCAGCGGCUCUGCACGGCAGAGAGGCCGUGUGUGUGUCCUGUCUUGGAGAAAACCUACAAGUCGGGGCCCAGUCUUACUCGGUAUCAGAACAUUGGCACAGGAGACAAACCAUACACGUGCCCUGACUGGGGGAGGAGCUUCAUGCACAAGGAGAAACUUAUUCAACAUCAGAACAUCCAUACAGGCUCCAGAGUUACAUCCAUAGUUGGCUCCAGAUCAUCCCGUAUUUCCAAGAGACAGGAAAAGGAAGUGACUGCUGUGGUCCAGGGGCUGGUGACAUUUGAGGAUGUAGCUGUGUAUUUCACCAAGCAGCAGUGGGCUCUGCUGGAUCCCAUUCAGAGAUCCCUCUACAGGGACGUCAUGCUGGCGAAUUAUGAGACAGUGGCCUCUCUGGCUGGAUUUCCUGUUCCCAAACCGGACAUGAUCUCCCACCUGGAACAGGGGGAAGAGCCAUGGGUCCCAGAUCAAGAGGGCUCAGAGGGAAGGGAUGCCCCGAGAGACAUUCACACAGCCGGCGUUGGAACAGUGAGUGAGAAUGAGGAAAGGAAUCCCCAGCAGCUAUGUCCUGAGCAAGCAGAAGCAGAUGGAGCGUCACUGGGAAGAGCUGCAGGGGACAUUUCCCAGGUCUCUGAGCAGGAAAAAGCUGAAGAGAGUCAGGAGCAGCUGAAGAGGCAGCAGAAAAUAGUCCCUCAGAGGAGCCCAUGGAAAUCACCCUUACAGGGGGAGGGUUGGAGGAUUGUAAUGGGACUGUCAAAAACCUACAGUGAAGAGCAACUGAAUGAUUAUGGAGGAGAAGCUUCUGACACAUAUCAAAGCUGUGUGCUUGUCGUAAUUGUGGAUCAGUGUGGGUUGGGUUUCAAUGAGAACAAGUUGGUGGGGACUAGAGGAGGCAGCAUCAUUGAGCAAAGUAGCCGGCACAGAUCUUUGCUCUUGAGUAACGUGCUGCCUCGUGUCAGAUCCCUCUGGCUCCUCGUUGUUCCCGUGGUUGGAAUAAGGACCUGGGUUCAGCUCAGCUGCAUGGGUCAAGUGACAUUGGAGGAGGUGGCUGUGUGUUUCCCCAAGGGGCAGCAGACUCCACUGGACCCCAGUCAGAGAGCCCUCUGCAGGGUCGUCAUGCUGGAGGAGAAUGAGAAUCUGGUCUCCCUGGCCCAGGGAGUACCUCAUGUCUGCAUUCUGGUUCCCUACUCUCCUCUCUCUUUUGCAUCUGGCAGUGAGACCGUGAUGGAAAAUAACAUAAAGAAUCCCCACCAGCCCUGCCCAGAGAAGGCAAAACUCCAUGGGGCAGCCUUGGGAGGAGCAGAAGGGUUUAUCCCCCAGCAUCCUGAGCCGAGAGGAGCCCAGGAGAAUCAGUGUGGAUCAAGGGGGCUGCAGGGAAAGCUCCCCCAGGGCAGAUGUGUUGGUUCCAGUCCUGGUGGUUGCAGCUUCUGGGACCUGAAUGGAACCAUGGUCCAGCCACAAAUCUGUAGUAAAGAAAAACCCAGGGAAUUUGCCAACUACAGCAGAAGACUCAAUCUCAGGUCAAAGGUUUCUGCAAAGGAGAGUGCGUGCCCAGGAAUACAAUCCUAUGAUUGCCUUGACUGUGGGAAAAGUUUUAUCACUAGCUCAGACCUUUUGCAGCAUCACAUCCUCCACUCUGGAGACAAACCCUACACAUGCCUUGACUGUGGGAAGAGUUUUACCCGGAAGUAUGGUCUUACUGAACACCAGAGCAUCCACACGGGCGAGAAACCCUACACGUGCCCUGACUGUGGGAAAAGCUUCAGACGGAAAAAUGGCCUCGUUGAACACCAGAGGAUCCACACAGAGGAGAAACCCUACAUGUGCCCUGCCUGCGGGAAAAACUUUGGGUUGCGACACAGUCUUAUUAAGCAUCAGAGGAUCCACACAGGAGAAAAACCCUACGCAUGCCAUGACUGCGGGAAAAGCUUCAGACAGAAAAAUCGUCUUACAGAACAUCAGAGACUCCACACAGGAGAGAAACCCUAUUCAUGUCCUGACUGUGGGAAAAGUUUCAGGUUGGGACACGAACUUACUAAGCAUCAGAGGUGUCAUACAGGGGAGGAACCCUACAUGUGCUCUGACUGCGGGAAAAGGUUCAGGUACCGAGAUGGUUUUGCUAAGCAUCGGAGGCUCCACACAGGGGAGAAGCCAUAUUCAUGUGCUGACUGUGGGGAGAAAUUCCAUCUGGGCCGUUCCCUUAAGCAGCAUCAGAGCAUCCACACAGGCUCUAAAACCACAUCCACCCUUGACUCCAGAUUUUCCCGUAGUCCCCAAGGAGAGGAUAAAGAAAUGGCUGCUAUACCGCUUGCUCAGGGGCUGGUGACUUUGGAGGAGGUGGCUGUGUGUUUUCCCGGGAAGCAGAGAUCUCCACUGGACUCCAGUCAGAGAGCUCUCUACUGGGAUGUUAUGCUGGAGAAAAAUGAGACUCUGGUCUCCCUUGCAAGUAAAGAGACCUUCAGCCAGAACAAGGCGGAGAAUCCCCAGCAGCCCUACCCAGAGGAGACAGAACCCUGCAGCUCGGUCCUGGGAAGAGCAAAAGGGGAUGAUCCCCAGUGUCUUGAGCACAAAGAAGCCCAUGAGAGUCAGCACAGACCAAAGAGGCAGAAAGCAAAUCUCUCCCAGGGGAGAUGUGUUGAUUCCAGUCCUGGUGGAUGUAGCUUCUGGGACCGGAAAGGAGCCGUGGUCCAGCCAAGAAUCUGCAGUCAAGAGAAACCCUUUGAAUGUGCUGACUGUGGCAGAAGAUUCCAACGCAGGUCAAAGCUUUCUGUACAUCAGAGAGUGCACACUGGCAUGAGACCCUAUAAAUGCCUUGACUGUGAGAAAAGCUUUAUCACUAGCUCAGAUCUUUUGCAGCAUCAGAUCCUCCACUCGGGAGACAAGCCCUACAUAUGCCUUGACUGUGGGAAAUGCUUCACCCGUAAGUAUGGACUUACUGAACACCAGAGCAUCCACACGGGUGAGAAACCCUAUGUGUGCCCUAAUUGUGGGAAAAGUUUCAGACGGAAGAACGGCCUCAUUCAACAUGAGAGGAUCCACACGGGAGAGAAACCCUACUCGUGCCCUGAGUGUGGUAGAAGAUUCAGGUUGGGACAUGAACUUACAAAGCAUCAGAGGCACCAUACAGGGGAGAAACCCUACAUGUGCUCUGACUGUGGGAAAAGGUUCAGGUAUCAAGAAAGUCUCACAAAGCAUCGGAGGUUUCACACAGGGGAAAAACCCUAUGUGUGCUCUGACUGUGGAAAGUGUUUCAGGUACCAAGAGAGUCUCACUAAACAUUGGAGACUCCACACAGGGGAGAAACCCUACAUGUGCUCUGACUGUGGGAAGUGUUUCAGGUACCAAGAGAGUCUCACUAAACAUUGGAGACUCCACACAGGGGAGGAACCUUACCUGUGCUCUGACUGUGGGAAAUGUUUUAAGUACCAAGGGAGUCUUACUAAGCAUCGGAAGCUCCACACAGGGGAGAAACCCUACACAUGCCCUGACUGUGGGGAGAGCUUCCGUCUGGGACAUUUCCUUAAGCAGCAUCGGAGCAUCCACACAGUGAUAGGCUUCAGACCCAUGUCCACCUUUGACUCCAAAUCAUCCCAUAGUUCCUGGGGAUAUGGAAGAGAAAUGGCAGCAGUGGCACUGACUCAGGGGUCGGUGAUCUUCGAGGAGGUGGCUGUAUAUUUUACCAAAGGGGAGUGGACUUUGCUGGACUCCAGCCAGAGAGCCCUCUACAGGGAUGUCAUGUUUGAGAAUUAUGAGAUGGUAGUCUCACUGGAGCUCCAGAUGGGGAGCCUUUCCCCUCCGCAGUCCGUCCUGUGGAAGAGAGAACUUGGCAACACCAAGGAGACACUAAUCCAUACCCAGAGUUUCCAGAGGUUGGGGUGUGUGUACUUCUUAAUAUUUUUAAACACAUGGAGACCUGCCAACACAGAUUUCGUGUCCCUUCCUCUCCAAAAUUGGCUCAGAGAUGUCUUGGGUCUUAGCACAGUUAGGAGGAGACAAGAGGCUGCACAGCUGUGCUGGGUGCUGGAGUCUUGAGACAAAAGGCUCAGCCUGUGGAGGUCCCUGAAUCUCAUGUCUCAGGCUGUGAAGAGAUGUAACAUUUGAAGCAUGUCUGACCUGUAGAGACCUUUGAGAAGUGGGUGAAGUGCUCCUACAGAGCUUCUGUUUGAAGGAGAUGCUGUGGUAAAGAGCCCCAUCUGUUGUCGUGCAUAUGAAGCAUGACACAGGCCCAGGUCCUCCAGCCUAUACCUUGUUUCCUGCUUCCCUCAAGGGUAAUGGGUGAUUGGGAGGAGCUGAUGUCAGUGGGUACUCCUAUGCCUGUGCUUCUCUCCCAAAGUGCCCCUCUAUUACCCCUCAACCAGAGCCAUGACAUAGAUUGAAGGCUAGAGAGCAGGAAUCCUGGCUCUAGCUUUGCAGUGGAAAGGUGUUCUAACCCCAGUGGGUUGGGGAAUGGGGAACAGGGGUGUCCUGAUCUGGGAUGGAGUCUUGCUUUGGAGUGGAGGGGUAAUGGCAGGACCACGGCCACAGACAGGUUGCCCCAUUCUCCCUCUCUGCCCUGUCCUCGGAAACCUGCUUGCUGCUAUGCACCCUGUCACUUGUAACACCCUGGUCUUGUCUGUCUUCUCCCCUUGGAGCUGGAUUUCCCAUUCCCAAACCUGAUGUGAUCUCCCAGCUGGAACAGGGAGAAGAGCCAUGGGGCCCAGAUUAGAAAGGCGCUGAAGAAAGGGAGAUCCUGAGAAACAUGCACACAGCAGGCCAUGGGGCAGUGAGUGAGAAUUCCCAGCAGCCGUGUCCUGAGCAAGUGGAAGCAAGUAGGGCAUCACUGGGAAGAUUUGUAGGACACGCUUCCCAGAGUCGUGAACAGGGAGAAGCUUGUGUGAGUCAGGACCAGCCAGAGACUCUGCAGGCAAAGUGACCUCAGCAGGACUCCUAGAAGUCACUCUCACUGAGAGGGAGGCUUGGAGGAUUGUCAUGGGACCGUUGUGCAGCCCAGAACCUGUAGUGAGAGACUGGGUGAAUGUGUAGGAGAAACUUCUGAUCCUGGCCGAAGCUUCGUGCAUGUUGUGUAGUGCACUUGCAGGAGAAGCCACAUAUGUGGCCCGGCUAUGGGAAAAGCUUCAUGUGGGGGACUUGGUGCUCCAUUGUCUAAUCCACACAGAGAACUCACACGUGCUGUAAAUGUGGGUGAAGAUGCUUGGAGCAUUUGCCUUGCUGUACAUCAUGUAACCCCACAUGAAAAAACUGGAAUUGACUGCAGGCAGGGGUGGAUCUGGGGGAGGCAGUAGUGAGGUUGCACCCCCCUUUGAUUCUUUCUGCAGGUGUAGAGGGGCAGGGAGGGACCCAACUUCUGAUUUGGGUUGUGGGACCUGAUGUGAGGCCCCAUAGCUUCUCUUUGGUUCUCUCCAUCUCUGUGCUGGUCAGACUUGCUGCAGCUAUGGUGGUGGCAGGUCUGGUCAGAGCAGGGUAUGGGGAAUGUGAUGCUGACUGCAGGAGAGUAGCAGUGGUUUUGACUAUUGGCUGCAAUGAUUUUGGUUCCCCACACUCCAGCUGUUAGUGUGGUGCAGGCAUGGGCUUAGGCUGCUGUUUAUGGGUCAUGGGCUCCCUUUACACUGGUUUCAGCAGUCCCUACAGUGUAGAUUCUCUGGGGACUGAGAUGCUACUGCCUGUCCCAGCUGCAGCAGCUGGAGCCCGUGCCUACACCCACGCAGCAGUUGGAGCAUGGGGGGCCCAAGCCAUGCCAGGUAACACUCCUGCUCUCUGGCAGUCAGCAUAAUAUUCCCCAGCCCCAAUCUUGCUCUACCCCAGGCAUGCUAUACCUCUGCCCUGACUCCCUGCUGCUGCCUCCAUGGCUGCAACAACUCUGUAAGAUCUGUUUGAAGGAGGAGUGGGUAGUGAGGGCAGACAGGACAUCCCCAGCUUCUCACCACAGGCCAGGAAAAGGGCUGCUCUCUGCUUCCUGUCCCAUUCCUCCACUUCUGCUGGGAACCCCAGGGCAGCCAAGCUUGGGGUUCUGCCCAGUCAUGGGGCAAGGAGCUUGCACCCCUGCCUUUGGCAGGGUGCUUUCACCAUCCCUGGAAAAGGUGGGUGUGGGUUGCAUCUCCCCUUUUCUAAUCCUAGAUCUGCCCAUGACUGCAGGAAGAGCUUCAGGAGGAACAACUGGAAAACGCACAAGAGCCUAGAUACCCCACAGGGUCAUACCUUACUAGACACAAGAGAAUCCACUCAAGAGGGUGAGCUGAGCGUACAUCACUGGCCGAGUGUCUAGGUAAAGACUGCAGGUGGGGAAGUGGUUUGGGUGGCAGUGGAGAGGAGCUGGUACAGACUGGAGGAGGAGGCAGUACUGGAAAGUACAGAUAUGAGUCAUCCCAGGUCAUGAGGGAGCCAGCAGUGGGAGAUGUCUUUGGGUCUCAUGAACUAUCUCUACGUAAAGAGAAGAAAAUAGAACUGCCCCUCAUAUGUUGUGUCUGACAACAGCUCUGGCUUUCUGGGUUGAGGCAGCUGAGUGUUAUUGAGGAAGGCCGCAAAGGGCCCCGUCUCUGAAAUGUCUGCAUAGCCUGCUUUGGGGGAUUUGCCACCUGAUUAGCAAAGUAGUGACUAUAGUAGGGCUGGAGUAGGACAAAUGUGCAAGCCACAGGAUGCUUUUAUGACUAAUGUAGCUGCUUUUGCAACUCUCCCUGACCAUUCAAAGCUUUUGACUUUCCUUAGCCCCUGCACUGCCCUUAGAUUGCGUAUAGGGGUUUGGAAGUGGAGGCAGCAACUCAUCCCACAGACAAAGGGAGCUGGAGAACCAAGCAGGCUGGGAGGGCCUGAAUCAGGGAAGCACUGUGGUGCUGGUGGUGGUUGAAUCUGUGUUGGUGUAAGAAUUAUUUUCCUCUUGUGGAGCAGGGAAAAUAAAGCAGAGCCUCUUGGCCAAGGUUUCUAGUUCCUGUGGUCACCAGCCCAGGCUGCACAGAGAAGUUGCAGCACCUCCAUGCUUGGAGGCCUCGC